AUGCUUGUCUCUAUCCUAGAGUCAUUUGAGACUGUCGAAAGCAGCGAGGCGUCCCGUCGCGACACCAUCACCGACAGAUUUAUGCGGCAACUCUCUCAAGCAGACGACCCUUUACUCCAGAAGAAGCUCGAUGCAGCGGAGUCUUUUGUCAAGGCCCUGGACAGCAAGUACAUGUGUGGCGAGUACCUUGAAGAGUUGGCGGCCUUUUGCAAGGCUGAAUGGCCAGAGCUUGUGAGCAAGAAGGUGUCGCCACAGCUGCCUGAAGUCAGGUACAUCGAUCGCCUAGAAGAAAAGCUGCGAAUACUACAAGAGAUCAGUGUUCAAGAGAUUUGCAGCCAGAACCCCGAGGACCCCCCACGGCGCAUAGAUCCGACAUCUAUCACUGUCAACGUUUGGUCCGCAUUUUGGGCCGCAACUGUCGAAGAACUCCAGCAUUUCCUGGAGUUCAAAGUCAGAAGUGGUAGAUUCUUUGUCGAAACCAUCGAAACGGCCUUCAUUGCGGUGGAAGCAGGUGUUCCGAAAGUGAUGGAGUACGUAAUGAACAAGCGCGGUGCUGGAGCGUCUUCUAAGACAGCAUCUUCCAAGGCCGCCACGAGCAACGCAAACAGCACCAACGCCCAGAGCGGACAUAGUCAGUCAGGAAAGGGCAAGGAGAAGGAAAAACAAAGAAAUCCGGUGUCCAUUGAAGAUACGAAACAGAGAGAAGGCUUGGAAUGCCCUCUUCUGCAUACUAUCGUCACCGAGGGGGCUCAUAUAUACCCUGUGGCGAAGAUAGAAUAUGUCGGAGACUGCACGACAUAUCUGAAAGCUUUAGAUUUCAUUUGGGGCGGCGCAACAUGCAACAGGUUGAAGGCUGCAUUGGGCGUCAAGGACCUCGACAUACCUUCCAAUAUGAUUGCCUUGGAUCAUGCACCACAUCACCUAUGGGACCUCGGGAAAGUCACGUUCAACCCGGUCCUUCGACUUCCCAUGAGAAUCGAUCUUGAGUUCCUCAUCUUGGAGCCGCUGGACUUUGGGAAGAGCGGGAAGAGGAAGAGACCAGGAAAUGACUUCCCAGAAGGUCUUGCAACAGACCCGAGGACCAAGGUCAAAGUUCCCGACAACACCAAGACCAAAACGUCCAUGAAGGCUGCAAAAGUCUCUGAAAUCAGAUUUGUCUCCGCGCAAACCCAGCAUCGCAUCCGCCAUGGACAUCGUUUUACUAUCACGUCCAACGACCCAAAGUUACUUCCCAGCGCCGACCUUCUGGACCUGAGAAACAGAGUUAUGGUCAUGAUGGCACUUAAGGGUGGCGCGGAAGUUUUGGAUGAUGUGUUGUCAAGCGCCAGUGGUGACGAAGACGCUCCAAGAGUCUUAGUUGGCGCCGGAGAUGUCGAAAUGGACUUGGACGAUAAGGUUCUAGGAUGGAGUGAGCAUGCUGAGGAGGAGCUCGCACUUCUGACCACCGAGGAAGCGAACCAGAUGCCUUGGCGCCCGCCAGUGAUUGAGCAUCCAGCAGAAACCGGAGACACGGUUUCUCCCAAGAGCCAGACAAGCAGCACCCGAGGAGAUGGCUAG